AUGGUGCAACUAUUGCACACAAAUGGGCAGUUCACUGAUCUAUCUCAUGAGGACCCACAAGUGCAUCUUCAAAACUUCCUCGAGAUCAGUGACAUGUACACCCCAACUGGAGUGAACUCUGAUUAUGUGAGGCUCACAUUAUUUCCCUUUUCUCUGCUAGGGGAAGCAAAAAGAUGGCUGAACUUUGAGCCCGCAAAUUCCAUAACAACUUGGGAUGAUCUUGCCUGGAAGUUCUUAAUAAGGUUUUUUCCUUCCGGGAAAACAGCCAAGCUGAGAAAUGAUAUAUUAAGCUUCCGACAGAAGGGAGGGGGAAACUUGUACCAAGCUUGGGACAGGUUUAAGUCCAUGCUGUUAAAUUGUGGACAAGCUUUAGAGAAAACAUAUGCUGAGCUGUUUACAUUGCUUAAUAGAAUUUCACAGGGUAACCCCAAGUGGAAUGGAGGAGGAGCUAAACCGAAUGUGAUGACUCCUCAUUUCAACAAUAUAUCACUAGGACAACAACAAGCUCAAGUUAAUAUGGUGCAACAACCACAAGCUUGGUGUGAAGUAUGUGGAGGUGGAGAUCACAGUGCUGAGGUAUGUGGAGCAAACCCAGAAUCUGUUCAUUUUGUAGGUAAUGCUCAGCGAGGAGGAAAUCACCAGAACUAUGGAAAUACUUACAACCCAAGCUGGCGAAAUCACCCAAACUUUUCAUGGGGUGGUAAUCAAAACCAACAUCAAGGACAGAACCAAUACAUGCCACAUGGUAGUGGACAAUAUUACAAUCAGCAAAACCAUGGAAACCAACAAAACCAUGUUAACCAGCAGGCUGCCAAGCAAGGUGAUAUGAGUGUGGAGGAUAUGCUAAAACAAAUCAUGGCUGAUCAAGCUAAGUUGGUAGCAGAUGUGCGAAACAAUCAAUUGGCGACUCAGAAUUUGGAGAAGAAGUUUGGGUAG